AAAAUGGGUCGUAAAAGAAAGAGUAAAGCUACUGUAGCUAGAGAGCAGAAGGAGAGAAUGAGAAGUAGACGACAAAGCAGUGUUGCCUCUAUAGAGUUGGCACCUCUAGCAAAAUAAUAUCAAGAAAGCUGAUUCAGGGGAAAACAGAAAAUGAAGAAACUGACCUUAAUUUAGUAGAUCAAGAAGAAACUAGAAAUGAGGUAAGGAAUUUAGAAAAUACAUGUUCAGUUAAUCAACCAUUUAUGAUGCAAGGUAGUUUCCAUCAAGGUGAUGACAGGUUCAGAAACAAUAGUGGUAAACAAUGUGUAGCAAAUUCAUUAACAGCCAUAGCUUACAGCAAACUCAGUUUGAUUGAUAAUUGGAAUAUGACUUUCUUGGACAAAAUCUUGAUAGAAGGGAAUAUUUUGUAUACUUGGAUUCAUGGUGAUAAUGAAGAGUUGUUAGUAACAGAAUUGCCGAAAAUGGUGGAAAUAAGAGAUAUGAUUGUUAAGUGUAACAGAAAAGAGUCGAUAUUUGCUUUGAUAGAUAAUAAUGGUAAAAUUGAAUUUAAUGUUCUUUCUUUGGAUCAUGCUCUUCAAGAGGCUCUUAUUGAUUCAGAUGGAUGUUUUGUUUGUGUAAGGGGUUUUACUAGUGCCAUUAUUAGGCAAAAUGGGAAAAUGUAUUUAUUUGAUUCGCAUGCUAGAAAUUGUUUUGGUUUACAAGACAGCUGUGGUAAAAGCAUUGUUAUUCAGAUUAAUGAUGUGAACAGUUUGUACCAACACUUUUACAAUUUUGUGCAAGGAGAUGUAAAUGCAGAAUUUGAAGUAACAGGAAUCAACAUCGAAAUUCAAGAUGAAGAUUCUGCCACUAACAAUCUUGACAAAUUUAUUGGAAAUAUUAACAAUAGAGAGGUUAUAGUGGAUGAAAACAACUCUGACGUAGAAUUUAUUGGUGUCCCAACUCAAACAUGCUAUUUAUUUAAUCCAAUUGAUUAUUAUACAAAAAAAAAACUUUGUAAUAUUUUAGAUAUUAAAUCAAAAUUUGUUUUGAAAAACCCGCUAAUGCCAGCACACAAUAUAGGUACACCUUUAAAAUCAAAACAAAUCACUGCAGACGGCAACUGUUUAUUCAGAGCUAUUUCAUAUGCAGUAUCAAACAGGCAAGAAAACUUUAAACAAAUAAGAAAUGAAUUAGUGCGCCACAUCUUGCGUCAUUCACAUCAGUUCAAUUCUUUUCUUGAUUCUGAAACAGUCAAUGAGUAUAUGAAACGUACUAAUAUGAUAGAAGACAAUGUUUGGGGAACCGAGUUAGAAAUUAUAGCUGCUGCUGAUUUAUUAAAAACUGACAUUUUUACCUAUUUAGAAGGUAAAUGGAUUAAAUACUCCUCAAAGCAAAUCUGUAGCAAGAAUAAUGUGAAUGAUCAAGCAAUUUAUCUUAAUAAUGUAGGUAAUCACUAUGAAGUUGUUAUUUCUGUUUUACCUGGUGGUAAAGAAGCGGUAACAUUAAACAGUAAAGAAAGUGCCAAGAAACGAAAUCAAUCCGGUUCAGAGAAAGACCAAAUGAACUUACACUAUGAACUAUCUCAUGAAGGUACAAUGAAGAGAAAAUAUGAACAACAUGAGUUUAAUUUUCCAAAGAAAUGCUUAAAAGAAGAUGAAAAUAGUUUUGGUUUAAUUAAGAAAAAAACUUGUUUGGAAUGGCCAGGUAAAGAUCUAGCUGUCUGUAAAACUCGAGCACCAAACCAAGGUUUGACAAAAACUGAAAAAGAAAAACUAAAGUAUCAGUUGGAUGGUCAGUUUAGAUUCAAUAAAUUAGAAAAGCAAAAUAGGAAGUAUGAACAAGACAGAUCAUACAAAGAAAAGUUAAGUCAAACAAGUAAGGAAAAGUAUAGGAAUGAUGCUAAAUACAGGGAAUCAAAGAAAAGAAAAAGUAUUCAAAAGUAUGCAAAUGAUAUAGAACACAACAGUUAUGUCAGAAACUCAAGCAUACAGAAAUAUGCUGAUGAUGAUGAUUUCAAAAGUAAGGUCAAACAGGCAAGCAUACAGAAAUAUGCUGAUGAUGAUAAUUUUAAAAGUAAGGUCAAACAGGCAAGCAUUCAGAAAUAUGCUGAUAAUGAUGAUUUCAAAAGUAAAGUCAAAGAUCAGAUAUUGACUAGAAGAAAGAAUGCCAAAGAGGACAGUAAUGAUGUUACAAAAGUUAUUGAAAACUUUAGGAAAAAUGUAAGUAAGGGUCCAGAAUUUGUUUGUUCUUGCUGCUUUAGACUGUUAUUCGAAAAUCAAGUUGUACAAUGUAAAAGGGAAUUGUAUAAACCAGGUUGUGGCAAAGAUAUAGCAGACAUAUGUAUUUCUGAGAAGUAUUUACAUAGAUGUUCAGAAGAAUGCAAAGAUGAAUGUUUAUAUCAGGGAGCCAGCAGAGCUACACUUUGGAUUUGUUACACAUGCCAUAGAAAGAUUCUUAAAGGAAAAAUACCUGCUGAAUCUUUUGCCAACAACUUGGCUUUAGAAGAUAUUCCACUAGAACUAAACAGAUUAAAUCAACUAGAACAACACCUUAUUUCAUUAAAUAUACCUUUCAUGAAAAUUGUUGCUUUACCUAAGGGUGGACAAAAAGCUGUGCAUGGUCCAUGUGUUUGUGUACCAUCAGAUAUUUCAAAGGUCACAUCAACUUUGCCUAGAUCAGAAGAUGAUAAUUGUUUAGUGAAAGUAAAACUCAAAAGAAAAUUACAGUACAAAGGUUAUGAGGAAUAUCAGUUUGUGGACACUAAACAUUUGGAAGAAGCCUUGUCCUUUUUAAAAGAAAAGAAUGAUUGGUAUUCAAAUGUUGAAAUAAAUGGAGAGUGGUUGAAUCCAAUUCCAUCAUCAGAGAAUAUUUGUGUUGCUGAAAAAAAAGACCAUAAAAGUUGUACAAGAAUUGACAGAGUGAAAGAGGAUAACUUGGAGGACAAAACAGACAAAAAAGAACAGGAAGAUGCAGUUGAUUCAUAUUUAGAUGAUAGUUUACAGGGUGUACAGUUGGACACAUGCUUACAACCUGCUGACAUUGCACAGGACGCAUUGGAUUUAUUGUUUGAUCAAGAGUUUAAUUUAUCGCCUGCAGAAGGAAAUAAUCCAGUCAGUUUACUGAAAGAAAACGGCAUUGAAGCAAAAACCUUUCCAGUGCAUUACCCUACAGGUAAAAACACUUGGAAUGAGGACAGAGAAGAGAAACUAUCUUUAUUAAGAUAUUUUAAUCUGAGAUUAAUGAGUGUUGAAAACAGGUUUGCUAGAGAUACUUCCUACAUAUUCUUUAGCCAGUAUAUGUCUGAACUAGAUAGGGUCAUGUCAAACGUACAGAUAUCGUUACGGAAAGGGUCAGUUUUUUCAGAUGGACAGAAAGUAACAAGUAAAAUGCUGUGUAAUAAGGAGUCAUUAAAUGGAUUAUUUAGAAAAGAUGAAGCAAUCAAGUUCAUGAAGCCUGUCCGAGGAACACCACCGUAUUGGCAAUCUGUUCAGAAGGAUAUUUUUUGUAUGAUUAGACAGUUAGGUAUACCGUCAUUCUUUGCUUCAUUCUCAUCUGCAGAUUUUAGAUGGAAAGAAAUUGUAGAAACCAUACUGAAGCAACAAGGAGAUAUUCGUAAUGUUGACAGUCUUAGUUGGGAUGAAAAAUGUAAAGUCCUUUGUAGUAACCCUGUUACAACUACAAGAAUGUUUGAUCACAGAUUUCAUAAAUUUCUUAAAGAUGUAAUAAUGUCAGGUGCUGAACCAAUUGGUCAUGUGAUUGACUACUUUUAUAGAGUUGAAUUUCAACAGAGAGGUUCUCCACAUACUCAUUGUGUAUUUUGGGUAGAAGAUGCCCCCAAAUUUGGAGUAGACGAUGAUGAUACUGUUACAAAGUUCAUUGAUAAAUAUAUCUCUUGCAAAUUACCAUUGGAAAGUGAUGACCCAGAGCUUACUGACAUUGUUAAAACUGUUCAACAGCAUAGCAAAAACCACUCAAAAAGUUGUCGCAAAAAAGGAACAGAGUGUCGGUUCAAUUUCCCAAGACCACCAUCUGAAAAAACAUUUAUAUCCCGUCCAAUUGAAGACAAUGAGGAGGAUAAGGAACAUGAUGAAGAUGCUGAUGAUGGUAAGAAGUCAGAUUCUGAAAGCAGUAAACCAUCUGAAAAGAUAUUUAUACCAUGUCCAAUGAAACAUGAUGAUAAUGAUCAUCAUGAUAAACAUACCGAUGGUGAUAUAAAUAAGAAAUCAGAAUCUAAGGGCAGUAUCUUAAAAGCAAAACAGAUGUUAGCAUGUUUAUGGAAUGUAAUUAAAGAGUGUGAAGAUAAAACUUUGACUACCAGUGAAUUAUUUUUGAAAGCCGGAUUGUCUCAAGAGGAUUUUCAAGAAUGUUUUAGAUGGAUAACAAACAGAAAUACUGUAGUAUUGAAGAGAAAUAAAGAUGAGUUGUUUAUUAAUCAGUACAAUCCUCAUCUGCUAAAAUCAUGGAAUGCAAAUAUGGAUAUUCAGUACAUUUUGGAUGCCUACUCAUGUGUGGUUUACAUUAUAAGCUAUAUAAGCAAAUCAGAACGUGAACUCGGCUUGUUGCUGCAGCAGACAAAAACUGAGGCAGCUGAUGGAAAUUUGGAUGCACAGCGGACUAUGAAAAAAGUAGGUACAGCAUACUUUCACUUUCGCGAACUCAGUACACAAGAAGCUGUUUUCAGAGUCAUAGGUUUACGUUUGAAAGAGUGUUCAAGAAAAGUGCAAUUCAUUCCACUAGGAGAAAACCCAUGCAGAAUGAGUAUACCCCUCAAAGAACUUCAACAAAAAUCAAAAACAUUAAAGAUGAAGAAGUCUAUAGAUGAUGGCAGUGAUGAUGAUGAUGAUGAUGAUGAUGAUGAUGGUGAUAGUGAUGAUAUUUGGCUGAAAAGUAUUACUGACAGGUAUAAAGAUAGGCCUGAUUUAGAACGAUUUGAUCAGAUGUGUUUAGCAACAUUUUGUUCCGAAUUUUCAGUGUUGGCAGAGACACAGAUACCAAAUAAAAUUAAUGAGGACACUACAUUCAAACUUAAGAAUGAUAUGGGGUAUAUAAGAAAGAGAACAAGAACUUCUGAUGCUGUUAUCAAAUAUGCAAGAUUUUCUGUAGAGUCAGCUCCUGAACAAUACUACCAAAGUAUAUUACAGUUGUUUUUGCCUUACAGAUUAAAUGAACAAUUGAAACCACCACAGUUUUUAUCAUAUGCAGAUUUUUAUAACUCCGGAUUCAUAAGGUACAGUCAGAUGGAAGACCUCAGUUCAGUUCAAAAUAUAGUCAACUUUAACAUGUCAAAAUUUGUGAAGAAAGACCAGGAGCUAGAGAUUGCAGAGAAACAAUUGGAAGAAAGAGGAUAUCAAGAGGAUGCAUGGGCACAACUAUGUCCAGAAACAGAGAAAGAAAGACAUGAAUGUAAUGAAAUUGGUGAAAACACAACCACUCAAGAGGUAGAUAGUCCUGAAUUAGGAAUACCAGAUUUGAAUCAAACUGACAAGUCAACUGAUAAAAAUGAAAUGGUUCAAAAAACAAGUUUUACACGGUCUGAAGUUAUACCGUUGUUGAGAACUUUGAAUGAGAAACAAAAGCGCAUAUUUUUUAAGAUCAGAGAGUGGUGCAAUUUAAAAGUGAAUGGUAAGAAUCCACCGCCAUUUCAUGUUUUUGUAACUGGAGGAGCCGGAACAGGCAAAAGCCAUUUGAUUAAAUGCUUGUAUUAUGAGGCCACAAGAAUUCUUGCGCACUGUUCCCCAAAUCCUGAUGAUUUGACUGUGUUGUUAACGGCACCAACUGGCACGGCAGCUUUUAAUAUAAAUGGAUUGACAAUUCACAGUUCACUUUCCAUUUUUAAAGGUUUAUCUGUUGAGAAAGCUAUGCUUGGAGAAGAUAAGCUGAAUAGUUUGAGGUCCAAAUUAGAGAAUUUACAAAUUCUCAUCAUAGAUGAAGUCUCAAUGGUCAACAAAAGGUUGUUAUUUUUUAUUCAUGAAAGGUUGCGUCAAAUUAAGAAAAGGCCUGAGAAGUAUCCUUAUGGAGGAGUUUCAGUGAUAGCAGUGGGUGAUUUCUAUCAAUUACCACCAGUAAAAUCAAAAAGGUCAGAUAAACUUUAUGUUAAUGAUCCAUCAAAUCCUUUGAAUUAUCUGUGGAAUGAUCUUUUUUCUGUUGUGGAAUUAGAUGAAGUCAUGAGACAGAGAGAAGAUAGUUUGUUUGCCCAGUUGUUGAAUAGACUAAGGGUCAAACAGAACAAUUAUCCACUAAAAUCUUCAGAUCAAGAAAUGUUGAAAGAGUGCAUAGAUAGCGGACCAGAUGAAGCUCUGCACAUUUAUGCUACUAAUAAUGAAAUUAACAUGUACAAUAAUGAAAUGAUUAUGAAGUUGUCAAGUGAGCCCAAAUUAAUUGAAGCUCAAGAUUUUGAAAAGGAUAAGACAACAGGGAAACUUACGAAGAGAAGACAGAAUUUUGCAAAAACUAAUAUUUGUCUUCCAACAUCAAUCCUGUUAGCAGAAGGAGCUCGUGUGAUGAUGAUAAAAAAUGAAGCAGUCAGUGAUGGUUUGGUGAAUGGUGUUAUGGGUACUGUUCUAAGUAUUUCAGAAUUUUCAAAAGGAGCAUUACCAAACAACAUAUAUAUUCAUUUUGAUAAUGAUAGAGUUGGAAAAAAUGCAAAAAUACAGAAGAUAAUAAAUGGAAAAAGAUGUGUUGGAUUAGAACCAUCUACAGAAAAUAUACCAUUCAGUAAUGGAACAAGAAAACAGUAUCCUCUGCAGCUAGCAUGGGCAUGUACUGUUCACAAGGUUCAGGGUUUGACAGUGCCACAGGCAGUUGUCUGCUUGAAUAAAUGUUUUGCUUAUGGUCAGGCAUAUGUUGCAUUGAGUAGAGUUACUUCAAAAAAGGGGUUGACUAUAUUACCAAUUGAUGAUAAAACUUUGAACAAAAAAAUAUACAGUGAUCCUGAUAUAAUGGAGGGAAUCAAAUCCAUGGAUUUUUUUUUGUCUCAAAAUGACACCAUAGUUUCAAAUCAUAAAGCAGGUUUGUCAAUAGUUUACCACAAUAUUCAAGGUCUAAAGGCUCACCAAAAUGAUUUGAAAGCCAAUUCAGACUUCCAAAAUGCAAAUUAUAUCUGUUUGACUGAAACAUGGUUGGAAUCUUGUAGUGAUGAUGUUCACCUUCCUAAUUAUAAACUUCAUCAUUUGCCAAGGUCAGCAGCAUUUGCAUCAAAUAAUCCUUUGUAUGCUUCUUUACAAGAAAUGAGUCAUGGUGGAGUUGGCGUAUAUGUUAAAUCAGAUUCUGAGUAUGAAGAAUUUGAUAUAUCUCAAAAAAAUCUUGAAUGUAUAAUUUUCAAAGUUCCCAAAAUGAAUGUUGUAAUUGCUACAAUAUAUAGAACUCAAAAAUACCAAAUUGAACUAUUUUUAAGAAAUGUUCAUGCUCUUUUGUCAGAAUUGGUACAGCUUUCAAGCAGUAUUAUUGUUUUAGGAGACUUUAAUCAAGACAUUAUAAAGGGUGGCAGAUCAAUACAAGAUUUUAUGGCUUCAUUCGGAUUUGAACAGUUAGUACAAGAGGCAACAACAGAGGGUGGUACACUGAUUGACCAUGUUUAUAUCAAAAGUUGUGAAAAAGUACAAAAAAUGGGUCGUAAAAGAAAGAGUAAAGCUACUGUAGCUAGAGAGCAGAAGGAGAGAAUGAGAAGUAGACGACAAAGCAGUGUUGCCUCUAUAGAGUUGGCACCUCUAGGUGAGGAAGAACUCUUAGCCAGAAGGUUGGCUUCUCCUUGUGAGAAAAAUCCUUCAAAUGCCCAGAGGUUAGAACCUCCUCUGGGAAGCCUGUCUAUCCAAAGCAUGGAUAUGCCACUGAGCUCUGACUCCCCACCGUGGGUUUGUACUCCACCGAGGGUACCCUCACCAAAGCUUGGUGUUGCAGGACAGACGAAACUGGUGGUAGAAACAUCAUUAGAUGUCACCAGUAUAAUUGAAACAAAGCAAAAGGUUCAAGAAUACAAUACUGAAACAAUACUAAGAAUAAACAGUACUGAACCAAAUACUAGAUUAUACAAUACUGAGUCAAAUACUACAAUAUACAAUACUGAAUCAAUACUAGAAAUCAAUACUGAAGAAUGCAAUACUGAAUCUAAACAAGAAAUUAACAAUGAACUAAUGCAAGAAAUGCAAACUGAACCUAUACCAGAAGUAAAAACUAAACCCAAAUCUGUGUACAGAACACAAGAAAUAAAAGACAUAAACAUAUCAACAUUACAAACAGACCAGUCAGAUUGCGAGAUUGAAUCGAAAAUGAGGCUAACAUUAGAAUUUGAUGAACCACCAAAAACAAAAAAAGCAAAGUUAGAAUCUCAAAAUAAUAUCAAGAAAGCUGAUUCAGGGGAAAACAGAAAAUGA